AUGUCUUCUACCGAGAUUCCAGACCAUGACACUUUCUGGGGAGACACAAAUGAUGUCAUGAAAAUACAGACGAGGGCUUAUGCCCAUAGAGUUUCGGAAGCAUUGAAUGGAGGCUUUUUGCUUAGGCAAUACUGGCAUCCAUGGCGUCAAGAUAUUCCUUAUAAGAUUCGAUGCACAAUCAAGGUUCAUGAAUUCAUGGGCGAUCACCACGGCAUAAAAGUGUUUGAUGAUCCGAAAGAGAUGUUGCUAUACUAUGAAAACUCCUCAAAGAACGAAGAGCCGAAACAAACAAACCGCCGCUUGUUCAUUGUGGAGGAUUUGCAUCCUAGGCUGAUGGAGAUUCUCGGGGUUCUUCUCGACAUCCCCCCUGAAUUCUUCCUAGCCCAUUGCGAGGAAUUCCCCAGCCUCAGUGUUUCAAACCCAUCUGGCACCGCCCUAGGUAGCUCAUCUUACUGGAAGGUCCCUGUGCCUAGGCGUUACGAUCUCCCACGAUCGUGCUGUCAACCACCGCCUGACGGCCAAUACUAUGCGAAAUUGGGAAAUUUCAAUCGCGGGGAGACACCUUUAGGAAAGGGAAUACAAUGGGUCGGGUUAACAAGUAUCGUAUCUUACUGGGGAAAGCCAUAUGGAAAGGACUCUUGGACAUCCGUCGUUUUGAUUGACCCCCAUCGUUGCAAACUAGAGAGCAAGUGGGCUCCGACGAUAAGUCUCGACCUCGUAGACUGUAAUGGUCUUCGAGACAUAACGCGCGAAUUCAGGUUGGGAUCUUCAUUCGAUAAGAUCGUACAGUCGCAUAAACAACGGAUUUAUGACGCCACUGUCGACGCCUACGAUAAUCACAAAGUUAAUACCACCAAAGAUCCCUUUUCAUCUACCAUUUUCGUUCGUAACAUAGUCCGUUCGAUUUGGGAGGAGUUUGUCUAUCGGCAAAUCACAGAUGUUCACGACGUCCAGAUCAAUGAUGAGCAAAAUCAAUACAAAAAGCGAGGGUCGAAAUCAUCCCGGGAUUACCACGAUGCGCCGAGUUACGAGAAGUACCAUGGCCUUAUGGUGAAGCGGCAGAAAAUUCGAGAGAAGAAAAGGGAUUUGCAGAACAUCAUGUGGAAUUUCCAAUGCAAAAUAAGGCCAGAGGGGAGAAAGGAUGGCUCCGAGUCUGCUACACCUGAGGAAAAAGAGAACGAAGUAAUGGCACAACGUGAACAUCAGGCGUGGGCGUUUCUGGAAGAAAGGCUGGAAGCUGCAGAGACGACGUUGGGCAACCACCUCGAGAUGUUUGCACAGCGUUCAGCAUUGGUACAAGCCGAAGCCGCCAACAGGAUGGCACGAAGCUCUGGACAGCUGACCAAGAUCGCUACGGUCAUUGUGCCAUGCUCAUUCGUAGCAUCCAUCUUUUCCAUGGGAGGCAAGUUUGAGGCUGGGGAGUCUCUUUUCUUUGUAUACUGGACGAUUUCGGUGCCUAUGACAUUGGUCUUGCUGGCGUGGGUUUUGGCAAAAGAUGAAGACAGCAUUGACUUUUUCAAGCAAACAUUGUCUCCUUUCCUUCGAAAGCGUGACCAGACACAGGGAGGAAAUGGUACUAGGAGGAGAUGGGGUUGGUUCAAAGCGGGAAGUCGUGAGAAGGGACAUGAAUCUGGGACACCGUAG